AUGUCAACGACCCUCCAAAACAUCUGGCACCUACGCCGGGUCGCAGAUACCGCCGCCAAAGCAUGCCACAUCUGCUAUAAACCCUCGAGUAGUGUUCUAAUCACUCCUGAUAAUCGGGACUUCUUCUACGUCUGUCCUUCUCAUCUCACAGAUCGCCAUUUCUGUUCGCCGAUUGUGGAUACAGAGGCUGUGGCGGCCAAGGCGAAGGAGGAGGCCAUGGCGCGGGAGAUUGAGAUGGUGAAGAGAGAGUAUGAGGAGAAGCAGAAGAGGAAGAAGAAUGCUGAGAAGGAGAAGGAGAAGAAGGAGAAAGAUAAGAAAGAUGGGGAUGAUCAGGAUGGUACGAAAAAGGGGGAUGGGGAGGAUAAGGCGAUGGAGAAGGAGCGGGAUGAUAAGAUUGAGGAUAUUAAGAAAUCAGGCACGUCGUCGGAUGACGGACCGAGGGUUUUUGCGUUGCAUAAGAACUUUUAUCAAAUGCGCAUCGACCGGAUGCGCAAUGCUGAGAUCGCAAAACGGAAUCGUCAGCGUCUACAGGAUCCUUCUCUGUUCCCGUCUGUUCCGACGGGCGGAUUAUGA